GACCUUGCACCUGCCAUUGCUGAUUACACUUUUCAUCGAAUUUUCGACGGGCAUAUGCAAUGCUGAGCUAGGUACAUGAUGAAGAGCAGCAGCAAGCUGAGUCACAAGUAAACUGUGGAGCUUUUGAUGGCUCAGUCUGCGAGUUAAGAGAUCCAUGAAAAAGGAGAGGGAAAGAUAGCUAUAUCCAGAUGGGGAUGACGUUGAAGGAGGACAGGGACUAUAAGGAUCAGACUGUAUUAAACCACAUUCCAUUCAGAAAACAUAGGAAGACCAGAUACCGCAGGUACAUCCAAGUCAUCACCCAAGGAAUGAAUGGCUCUACAACAAAACUAUCUUCUGAAAAUCCACUCAAUUGAGAGAAUUUCAAUGCAUUUUCAGAACUAAAACUAAUUAGCACUGCUGAGUUUCUCUACAAAACCAAUGUUUCAAAAGCUCUGGUGCUUCGAGUUUGCAUGCUGCAGGAGGCGAAGAGAUCUUAAGAAAGUGUUUGGCUAGUAACAAAUUGCCCAAGCAGUGACUUUCACAUGCUUGGUAAAACUCUUAAAGCACUGGCACACUCAUAGAGGUGAGAAGUUAUUCAAGUCUGAGGUGUGUGAGAGGCUUCAACCAUUCAAUUUUCAUGAAGCACAGGUCCCUCAGAACAGAUGAAAGGCUGUUAAGCAGUGAGAGGUGAGAGAAGAGAUUUCCACACUGUCAGACCUGAUACACAGGUGUAUGUACACCGGCAAAAAGGAAUUCAGAUGUGAGGAUUUUAAGUCUCGGUUCAGUUGUCAUGUCUGUUGCAACCUAAGGACAGCUACAUGGGAGAGAAACCAUACAAGUGUGAUGUGUGUGGCUGGGCCUUUGCACAGGCAUCAGGCCUUGUGGAACACCUGCGCAUUCACACAGGUGAGAAACCAUUCAGAUGUGAGGUGUGUGAGAAGUCAUUUGCACAAGCAUCGACCCUCCUGCAACACUGGCGUAUACAUACGGGUGAAAAACCAUUCAAGUGCAAGGUUUGCGAGAAAGCCUUCUUGAAGCAGUCGCACCUUGUGGAACAUCACCGCACUCACACAGGAGAGAAACCAUUCAGCUGCAACAUUUGUGACAAAGCUUUUGUGACAUCAUCACGCCUACUGGAACACCAGCGAACCCACACAGGUGAGAAACCCUUCAGGUGUGAGGCUUGUGACAAAGCUUUCACACUUUCAUCAUUGCUCCUGAAACAUCAGCGCACUCACACAGCUGAGAAACCAUUCAAGUGCGAGGUUUGUAGGAAAGCUUUUAUGAAGUCAUCAGGCCUCCAGGUACAUAAGUGCAUUCGGAAAGAUGAAAAGCCCUUCUGGUGUGCAAUUUGCAAAAAAACUUUCUGCAAUUCAUCAUACCUUCGUGUUCAUCAGCGCAUCCAUACAGGAGAAAGACCAUUCAAAUGUGAAUUUUGUAACAAAUGUUUUACGCAGUCUUCUAGUCUCCUACAACACCAGCGCAUUCACACAGAUGAGAGACCAUUCAGGUGUGAAGUUUGCGACAAAGAUUUCUGCAACUCCUCGUACCUACGUGUACACCAGCGCGGCCAUACAGAUGCGAGACCGUUCAGAUGUGAGAUUUGUGACAAAGAUUUCUGCAGUUCAGCAUACCUUGUGAUACACCAGCAUAUACACACAGGUGAUAAACCGUUCAGGUGUGAGGUUUGUGACAAAGCUUUCUUGAGCUCCUCAUAUUUCCUGAAGCACCAGUGUAUCCCUCCAUCUGAUAAACCAUUCAAGUGUGAGUUUUGCAAUAAAGGUUUCACACUGCUGUCAGAUCUCACUAAGCACCAGCACACCCAUACGGGUGACAGACGAUUCCAGUGCAAUAGCUGCCAGAACUUCUUCACCUACUCCUCCUCUCUAGAGAUACAUCAGUGCAUCAACUUGGGAUAGAAACCCUUCCAGUAAGACAUCUGCCAGAACUGAUUAACAAAUUCCUCCUCUCUUACAAACAUCGGCAAAUCUUCACAAGAUGGAGUCAAUUCAAAUGCUCAGCCUGUACAAAGCUUCAAAGGUUUGUCCAAGGUUCAUAUCCCUACACUACUCCACACACCACCCUCGCCCUGUUCACCCCCCCAUACCACCCAGCACCACCAGCUUACUGAGAUGAACAGCAUUUCUAGUGCAGCUGCUAUUUCUCAAAUUUCAGGAAUAUCCAACCUCACUUUCUAUCUCAGUAGCCAUGUGGAUGAGAGACUGUGGCGGUGCACCAUUUUCAGGACAGCCAUUAAUUAGUGUGACUAUUUCAUCCACUGAGGCAAAAGAAUCUCCAGAGGAGAGUGUCUUCACAGUGACAAAUGUGAAAGGCACUUUUCCUGGUAUUAAUCUAUCACACUCAAUCUAUCACAAUGUCUCUCCACUACAAGAAAUUGCCCUGUGUGUUGAUAUGAAAGGAAGAUCAGAAGGAACUCUUUAAGUGAAGGGAACUCAGGAGAAAAACAACUUUAGAGAAAAAUCCAACAAAAUGAAAAGGAGAUGGCUCAGUCCUGGUUACCUUUUGCUUGUCUCAUUUCACAUUCCCCAAUUGUAGGAAUAGGUCUACAAGCUGCAGCUGUCUUCAGUAACUCAGUUGUCAUGAUAAUGAAGCAGAGGAUAAUACUGUUUCAGGUAGGGUAAGAGCUUUAAGAGUAUGUCUAGUUGACAUGACAUCACCCAGCUCAUUGCAGACAAAGCUUUGAACUCAAAAUAGGCGGCUGCAUUAAGCAACAAAAAAAAAAUCGUAGGUAGUGUGUGUCAUUUAAUAGAAGAGAUAUAUUAAAGAGAUGGUAACUGUUUAAAAAAAAUCCUGUAGCCCCUACCACCAUAGAUUUGGGAUUACGUUCUCUAAUGUUGUCUUAAAAUUUUCCUUACUAAGUCCUCUGCCCCCUUCCACACUCUGGUUUGGUUCCCUGACCCUCAUGAUGACUAGUAACUUACCCACUUAAUUUCUUCAACAGUGGUCAUUGUAACGUGGUUAUGAUGGAUAUGAACACCACCCUAUCUCGUGCUGUGAUUUACCUCCUCGUUCAAAUAAAUUUAUAGCAGAGCCAUUGCACUGGAAUUUUAAGAAAUUUCUGCUGUUCCAGAAGAUUUUCUUUUGCCUUAAUAUGGGGAUCUGAGUGUAGGCAUUUCCACAGUAAAUGUGUGAAUAGAUGUUCAAAUGCAGACAGGAAAUCUGCUUUUCUUUGUGGUAUGUCACAGUUGAUCCACUAGUACUUCAGACAAUGUACCUUUCCACCACGUGCAUUGUCUGUACUGACUAACCUGGCAGUACUUUUAUAGCCACCUGUAAAAGUAGUUGCCUCACUUUUAACACCCAUGAAAAAACCUGUACACUUUAAUCAAAGAAGAUGUUAUUCAAACCCAUUUUUUUCUUCAAAGAAAAUUGAAGUUGUAUUCGGGAACAGUCCCAGUUUUCUCAUUUUGUUUAGCCCCAAAAGUACUUCAGUAUAAUAGCAGGGAGAUGGAAAUUCUUGGAACUGCAAUACCCAUGUUAUAAUUAUCUUUGAUUCAGCUGGCAUUCUGGAAAAGUACACUGAGAACCCGGAACUGAUUGUUACUUUGGUUUGACAAAAUGAUUUAAAAUGUUAGUUUAAUGUGUAUUGCUACUUCUACCUGCCGAUUUGUUUACUUCUCUAUAAAUUUAUGUCUUGUAAUAAAUAUAAUUUUAGCAUUUGCCUAA